CCAUCAUCUCACGAUCUUGACCAUUGUCUAGACCCUCCACCUUCUUUGUACAAAUACCCUCGGUCCCCCACAAUAUCCAUCUGUUUCAUCCUUCUUAAGGCUCCACAUACCCUCAACCCCUCUCGCACAAACCAACCAUUUGAAACCGCUUUUCCAUCAUGAUAUACGACCAUCCCAGCGCCUAUAUUUAUGUGAGCCCUCGUCCAUCAUUCUCUUCGUCAUCGACACUACAAGCAAGUCUAAGACGAGAAACACACAUCCAAUGGACACCAAUACCACAUGUGGGUGCAUCUGAAGGUUCCACCUGGUCACCCUAUUUCAAGUCUCCAUUGCCAACCACCUCACGGUCGAGCCUUAGUGUGCCUGGAAGGGUCCCUAUCUCAAGUCAGUCUAUAUUUGCUAAAUACGUCCGCUGCCCGCCAUUGAUACAUAUUGAGGGCCCAAAGCAAGAACGGUCAUCUUCGCCAUCUUCAUCGCCAUCCUCGUCCGUCUGCUUCUCUAUGGACGAGGAUGAUGAUCGGGCUAUGUUGGGUAAUUGCGAAAACAGGGCCAUCGGUCUUGGAGCCAUGGUACAAGAGCCGGCCAGUCCAUUACCGUCUUAUGCAAGCAUCCUCGUUGCAGGUGGAAUGGAAGUCUAGACAAACAAGGAUGGUGCAAGCAUGUUGGUGGUUUUGGCUGCGCCAUCGCCUCUGAUUCUCAUUUAUCAGUCAUUCUGCACAGCUACUACAUGUGCAUUUCCACAGCAAAAACAAAAAAUAAAAGUGAAAGAACUUGGCGUGGAUAUGGCGAGGAUGCUAACUUUCCCCGAUCGACAUCGCCCAGCAGAUCACAUUGUAGUCUCCCAGCCAAAGAGAUAGAUCCAAAAUGUUUUCGUUCCUGAGCCUCUCCUCCUAUGCUUCGCCAGUGGCGAAUUAUAUUCGAUCGUCUAUUUAAGCAGGGUGGUCUCCCCUGUACCGUAGCC